AUGAUCAAGAUCGUCAGUUUCUUUACGUUGAUAUGCCUUGUGACGGAAAACCAUGGGAAAUCCAUCAAAAUCCAAAUAGACUGCGAUGAUAUUCUAAAGAUACUAGCGGGGCUGACUAGUCAAGAUUAUAAGAUAUCAGAUACACCUAUUGAGAUCAGUAAAAUUACGGCUAAAGUCGACAGAAAUGGUAAAAUGAUAGGAAAUCCGUAUCAUCCUGAAGACAGCACCGAUAGCAAUUUGGCGUCACCAUCUGACAAAGAUAAAGAUAAUUCACCAAACCGGUGGGCAGUAAAACAUGAAAUAGAAAUGGAUUUAAUGAAAGACGAAUUGGAAAAGAAGUUGGAUCGUGAAAAUCGCAAUUUCAUAGCCAAACCCGCAGUAAUCAGCGAAGAUGAACUAGAAAUCGUCGAUACUUCGACGCAAAACAAGACAAUGGAUAGCAAAAUUGAUGUGGUUACUGAAGAUUAUUUACAGAAGAUAAUGAAAAGGAAAAACCAUGGAAACGAUGAAGUGCAAGUCGAUAAGGACAAUAUAAUGAGAGAAAGAAAGAACGGAAUUGAAACAGUGGCUAUAGAAAACAAUGCCGUUCAUAUGGAAAAAGACUUUGAUACAAAAGUUUUAAAUAUGAAUCAAAAAAGUCUUCAGUUGAAGAAAGGUAUUGAGACCGAGACAAGUGACCAGAUUCGUAUUGAUUAUUCCCCAGCAAAAAUCGGAAUGAAGUUAAGUGAUGAAGAAAGAGCAAAAAGACUUCGUGAUAAUCAAGAUUUCAAGGACUUUCAGAGAAGAUUCAUUUUAGUUGACGGCCGUGAAAAAAAGAAAAAUUAAUUAUUAAAAAUAGUUAUAAUAUAAAAAAAUAGUUCGAUAGUUUUUAAAAAUAUUUCCUUCCAACCCCUAUGCACUUAUGCAUUUGGGUGAACCAGCUUUCAAAAACAUUAAAAAACGGGAAAUAUUGCGGGAGGUCGAAAAAUCAAAAAAUCAAAAUCAAAAAUCAUUUAUUCUCAGACAACUACAGUCCAUAUUUUACAAUUAUAAUAUUAGCUUAGAUAAUUAGAAUAAUUAACCAAAUUAAAUUAAAUAUCAAAUAAAUCACCGACACGGUUUCAAAUGCAGUUUCAUGCAAUGUAGCAUGAUCGGGCAAUCCACUCUACCAGCCACAACGCGCAGAAUCUCAUUCGUGCCGCAACGGAUACAACCCAUUAAUGAGGCAGCUCUCUUUCUAAGGAUAGCAUGGAAACCAUCCGUGUGGGCAUCCGCGAACAUGCCUGAUGCGCUGCAGUACCGAAAAAUAACCACCGAAAUUCUUCGACGGCCUAGCCUGCGGUGCUAAAUUUUCGCCCAUGAAGCAUUUAUUUUACUGUGGAAUUGUUAUCGCACGGAGCUAACUGGGAUGUAAGGAGGAUGGGGUAACAUUUGUACUCCCUAAGUUGACAAAUAGUCGAUGGUUCUAGCAGUUGUGUGAGCAGGUGCGUUAUCUUGGUGAAAAAGAAUGCCACAAACGCCGCUUCUUGAGUGCUCGCUAUUCUACUCUAUGAAAGCGUGGGGCAGACAAACAUCGCAAUACCAAUCAUUGGUAACUAUUCUUAGGUCUUCUAGCAAAUUACUGCUACUAGCCCACUGAGUCGAAAAACAAUCGCUAUUAUUUUUUAAAUUAACGGUCCGACCGCGAACAACUUUUGUGGGCAACUCGUCCCAUUGCGUGGAUUACUGCUUCAUUGGAGGAUGGUAGCUGUACAUAGAUCCAAGACUCACCGGUUAUAAAGAUGUAGGAUACGUUUCGCUAAGUUCCGCCUUCGAACUUUUCUAGCAUAAUAUAUUUGCAUCAAUCAACACGACGGGAUUUUUGCUCUUCGCUAAGGAAAUGAGAUAUCUAUCGCGAAACAACGUCCCUAACUUUAAAAUGUUCAUGCAGAAUGAUGGAAACUGUCUGUGAUCCAGACUUCAAUUCAGCCUGAAUCUCCAGAUGUGUAUUGUAUCUAUUCUCCCGCAAUAGCCACUUUACCCUGAUGACUUUUCAUGAGUUACUGCAGUUGGUGGUCGGCCGGUUCUGUGUGUCAUUGUUUAGCAAUGAUAUUAUACUUUGCUCACUGUCGUUUAGGUUCUCUCAAUCACGGUGAAAUUCUCGAAACCAAUAAGUAACUGUUGCUAAUGCAGGAGUAGAUUUCCCAAAAAAAGCUUGUAAAUUGUCGUGAGAUUCCUUGAAGAUUAACCCAACGUUUAUAAUACAAAAUCAUAGUACCUACUAAAAACCACGUGUGGAACGUCUAUUGUUGCAAACAAAAGUGGAGUAUUAGAUAAUUUAUAAAAAUAUUUUAAAAAAGACCUAUA